AUGGCAAAGCCGAUCCGAUUACUACUUAUAUACGCGAUUCUUCUAUUCAUUGCUCAUGUUAGUUGCCAAAGUGGUGAGGAGCUGGACGAGCUUGAUGAACAACAAUUCCUACUAGAGGUCAAUUCAACGUCUUUUGAAAACUUUACAACCUUCAACCUUGUCGAUACCUACUUUCCAUUGUUCGUGCUCGUCGUGGAACUCUCAAACGAGGAAAGAUCGAUUCUACAAAAGUAUCUUGACGAGAAAACCUAUGAGAAAUUGAAGUAUGAGCUAGACACUCAGGUCAAAAUUUCGGAUCCCGAGUUGACUUCGAAUCGGCUCAACCUCACUGAUCUGAUAUUUCAAACGCCGUUCUAUUACGAGAAUCCGCCGUUUGACAACAUCUCGAGUACGAUUGUUGAAGGGUAUCAUAAUGCCUCCAUCUACAACGCGAUUCGAUCGGUGUGGCUCAAACAGCUCCGCCCGUUUCUUCCAAUAAUGGAUCAGCUCGCUAUCAUGCAGUAUUUUGUGCAAAGAAAAGCCGCCGAGUACGAGCGAAUGUCGAUUUGGGCGAAAUUAUGGCAUAAUUUGAGCUCUUGGAUGUACGGGCGGCACGAAUUGCACGAAUGCGAUGCCGCCGAGCCGCCAUGCGUCCGACUUGCCAUGGAAGCACUUCAAUUCGAAGAGCGAAUCAAUUUGGACAAAGCGGCGAAUUUGAACAGGUUCGAUGAAGUCGAUGACAUCAUAAGAAGCAAGCUCGCCGAAUACGGAAGAAACGACGAUUUGGACAAUUGGCUGCGUCGCAACCGGCCACCGCCUGCCCUUGAAUCAAUUCUUGAAGAGCGCAGCGAAGUGGAAGAACAGGCACUUCAACGGCUUCGCGACAAUGGUGUGGUGAACUCGCUCAAGUAUUAUUACAAGGCGGUGAUCGAGUCAAGGAGUCAUGAGGAGCAAGAGGAUAUUCGCGCAUUUUUUGAGAAGAUGAAUGACACAUUCGCCCGAUGCUUCGACCCACUGCGCGGCCAAUUUCCCGAUUUUUGA